AUGACCACUUCAGCCUCUACGGUGGUCUCUGAUGGAUGUUCUACUAUCACAUCUCUGCCCCUUUUCACUCUACUGAACAUCGCAUUUCCAGGUGCAGAUGCUAUCAUAAAAGGUCAACCAGGAACAUGCUUUUCUGCUGCCAAGGCUGAGGAAAAGGGAAAAGUCAUUCUCCAGUUGGGAACUGCUGAUGCGAAGCGGGCAUUACUAGCAGCUCGGAAAGUCCAGGCUGAUGUCGCCGCUAUUGAUGUGAAUAUGGGAUGCCCUAAAGAUUACUCCAUUAAGGGUGGCAUGGGCGUAGCUUUACUCAGACAACCGGAGAAAAUCAAAUCGAUUUUAACCACACUUGUUCAAAAUCUACAUGUGCCCAUUACAUGCAAAAUUAGGAUUCUUAAUACCGUUGAAGAGACAAUCGAGUUGGUUCGUCUCAUCGAGUCGACGGGAGUGGCGGCGAUUGCGGUGCACGGUCGGAAACGAGAGGAACGACCUCGACAUCCCAACCACGAGAACUUCAUCCGCGCCAUCGCUGAGGCUGUUAAAGUUCCCAUUCUUGCCAACGGUGGUUCUAAAGACACAAUCAGGCAACACGAGGACAUUGAAUUCUUCCGACAGUCAACUGGCGCCGCCGGUGUUAUGAUUGGUCGUGCGGCUAUGUGGAAUCCGGCUAUUUUCGCGCCUCCACCAGCCAACGCUCCAUCUCCCUCCAAGAUGACUGUGGUCCACGAGUAUCUGGAAUUGGCUGUUAAGUACAAUCACAACAUCAGUGGAGCGAAGUACUGCAUUCAACGCAUGCUCAACGAGGACACUGGCUCUGAUAAAUAUGUGAAAACCCUGUCUGCAGAAAACUUGGCUGAAGUAUGGCAUGGACCUCAUAUUGGCCUUGACAUUUGGGGACUGCCGGAGAAGAUCAUCGAAAAGGCCAGACUUUGUUCUAGCGAACGGAUAGCUUCACUUAAUUCCGCCAAAGCCGAUGGUGGCUCUCCUGUUGAAAGCAAGAAACCUCACCUCAACGGAGAUGCCACCGCGGUGGAAGGAGGUGUCAACGGUGAAAAAGAUGAUGUCAUUACUCUUCCAGUGGCCUUUAUUCGCAGCGAAUGGCCAGCUGUGGGAGUCACUCCAAAACAGAUUCUAUUUGAGCAUUGCAAACGAAGACGUCUUCCUUUUGCAACAUUUUCAACUGAGGAAAAUAAAGAUACACGCAUCUUCUACAGCAUAGUCACUUUUGAUGGAGUGAAGUAUUCGCAUAAAACUCCGCAAGUUCUCCCACCAACUUUCCAUUUAAAUUGUGUCUAUCAAUGGGCGAAAUCAAAAAAGUUUGCAGAACAGACUGCCUCUCUUGCGUGCUUAACUCACUUGAAGCUGUGGCCACCUUCAGAAAAAGAGGAGAAGGGGGAGGAGGAGGAGCAUUGA